CCCAAAAGUCGUUUUGUGUUUGCAUCAAAAUUAGGUUUUUGUUUCUUUCGAUACAAAAUAUUCAUUUAUUUAUGUGUAACUAUUUUGCAAAUUUUGUAUUUUUUAACACUUCCGGUAAUCUGUAUUAUUAUACUCUUAAAUCGUUUGACAAAAUUGCUAUAGUUCUAUAGUACGUAGCUUACGGUGUAUAAAAUGAAUAAUUCUGCUGCCAAAACCACUUCACAGGUGGGUGAGAUAUUCCGAGAAGCUGGGACCGCCUUCAAUAAAUUGUCAGAAAUGACAAUGCUUCUGCAUCCUGUAGGAGAUUCACAACCUGGUGGCAAGUGGACUGAAGAAGAGAUUGAAAUGCUCCGCAUGUGUGUGCAUCGGUUUGCUGUGGAUUUGAAUAAACUAAGUCAGCAUAUAAAAACUAGAACAGUAUCACAAAUUCGCACAACAUUAAAGAAGAAAGCGUUCGAGGAUGCAGGUAUACCCGUUAGGCAGCAGGUAAGCAGUACGCUGGCAACACAAGUGCAGCUACCAAAGGUAGUCUCACCACCCUGCGUCGUCAACCAACAGAGCGUUAUAGGAAAGAACGCCGAGGUAACAUUAAACAUGUUGAAUGCUUCGGAGAAUGAAGUUGAUGUGGAAGGCCUCACGAAUGAUGUCAAGUUGGAGUUUGAAACCAGCAACGACGAUGUGGCUGCAUGAAACUUGUACAGUUUCUCUUAUUUCUAACUACUUAUUAUUUAGUGUCGCAUAAGGCUUAAGGUAUGGUAUUAGUCAUUAAAAGUAUUUUCAAUUCAAUUUUGCCAUUAUCUGAUACCUAUAAUGAACGAACCUUAAGAAUAUGAGUAUAUAAACCAGAAGGUCCAAAUCAUAUUGGUCAAAACUCUGUUACCUCACAUCCUUUAUAAACCUUUUGUAAUCAAACAUUUUAUUAAAUGAAAAAUGAAAAAGUAAAUUACCAGCUGAGCGAAUUGUUGUUGUAAUGAUAUUAAUAGAUAUUAAUACCUCGAUUGUGGGAAGACACAAUGAUGAUAAAAACCGCUUGGGGAUUGAUGGGUUAAUAAUAAAAUGUUUAAAUUUUAUU